AUGUCUUCCACUGCUCCCGCUGCGGUGGCCGCCGCCGCCGUCGGGCCGGUUCUCGCUCCUAUGUCGACGUUCCUCGCCUCUCGGCCUCUCGCGGCGGCCUAUGGAGCCCUGCCGCCGCCCGGUUCUCCAAUCGGAUCUAACCCGUACGGCGCUUCCCCGGGUGACCCUGCCUCGACCGCGGCUGCGAUUGUUGCGCCGCCGUCCUAUGGCGUCGCUGCACCACCACCGUACGGCGCCACCUCCUCGAUGCCCUACGGCGUCGCCGCGCCGCUGUCCUACGGCCCUAACCCGUACGGCGCCUCCCUGGUGGCCCCUGGUGCACCGCCGCCGCCGUCGUCUUCGUGGCAGGCGGUGUCGUAUGGUGCGCCGCCUCCUCACCAACCCUACGCGGCGCCCCCGCGACACCCCUAUGGGCCGCCGCCAUCGCAGCUGGCCUACUCAUCGCCGCCACCGCAACCCUACGCGCCACAUGGGGGUACGGCCUCUUCGCCGCGUCAACCCUACCCAGGGGGCGCCGCCGCCUCGCUGCAGCCGUCCUACGGGGUUGCGCCAACUCCACAGCAGCAGCCUCAUGGGGGCGCGGCCGUCUCGCCCUAUGGGGCUCAUGCUGCGCCGAACUACGGCGCCCUCGCCACUGGCCCUCCCGGGUUCUACGCACCGUACUCGGUGCCUGCUGCUCAUGCCGAGAUGGCUCCGUCGAUGGGCCUUUAUGCACCACCGCCACAUGCUCAUGCCGAUCAGGCCGCCGUGCCGUCGCCGUUCUAUUUUUCGCAUCUGCUGCCGGUGAAGCUUGCGCCGGAUAAUUACUUGUCCUGGCGCGCUCAGGUGUUGCCUCUUCUGCGGAGCCGCUACUUGGAGGGAUAUGUUGACGGAUCCAUCCCGUGCCCGCCCCCUCAUCACCCGGCGUACCACACUUGGGUGGCUCAGGAUCAGGCCAUCCUCUCCGCCAUCCAGUCUUCGCUCACUCCGAGCGUCUCAUCGCUGGUCAUCUUUGCCGCUACGUCCAGGGAGGCGUGGGCGGCACUUCACACUAGCUUUGCCUCUCAGUCUCAGGCGCGUGCUCAUUCCAUACGCACCGAGCUGGGUAAGACCAAGCUUGGUGACCUCAGCAUCACCGACUACUUCAACAAGACGACCGGUCUCGCCGACACGCUGGCCUCCGUUGGCCAGCAACUGCAGGAUGAGGAGUUCACUACCUACGUGCUUAAUGGGCUCGAUGAUGAUUAUGACAAUCUCAUUGAGAACGUUCAUGGCCGUGAUGAUCCACUUCCACCUCGUGAGCUUUAA